AUGGCUCAGCACCAUAUGUAUGGAACCCCAGCGAUCUCUCCGCUGGUCUAUCAACAAAGGUAUUGUUUGGUCGUCGUUCACUUCAUUGCAAACCUCCCAGGCUAUCAUCGACAAAAAUCGUUUUCGUUCCUUUUGCUAAGCGGUAAAAGGUCACCAUCUACUCCCCACGGGUAUGGCUACAGAGACGACCGUCAAGUGCCUUUCGGUCCGAUGGAUUCUAACCAUCAGGCUCAUUAUCAUGGAGCUCCCGUCCCUCUGGAUAGCCACAGCCACAUGAUAAACCCACCCACGGGACGUCUAUCCUACCCUCCAGCCGGACAAACCCACCCACAAGCCCGGAUCCAUGAAUGGAGCCAGCCGAACCACGUGCCUCGAGAACCCCUGAGGCGGGACCAUGGAACAAUGAACCCCCCAGAAAGCCCGGAGUAUGUCAUGGAGAGAAACAGCCAGCGAGCUGCCGAGAGAUCCAGAGGAAGCCCACACUACCAUUCCCAGAGACGGACAUCUAUCCGUGAUGAAUUUGAUGGCCCGCAUCAGUUCCUGGAGCCACCUUCUCCACAGGCUGUCGCAGCCCAGGAUAAAGAGCUUCCCCAGCUCCCUACUAACCUCGAUGCCGGCGAGCAAGACAGCAUCCUACACAAGGUCAACGACCGCCUGUCCCAGUGUGCCUAUGACUUCAUCGCAAAGUACCAAUUCCGUGUUCCUAUCGAGCAGGACAAGAGGCCCGUCAAGGUCCCCUCAGACCGCGAGUGGACGGAGUGGGUACACCUUUUGAAGCGGCUGGCUACUACACGCCGCAUCCCAGCUCAUCUCUUGUACAACCGCCAAAUCAAGCAGCUCAUCACUGUCCUGGAGAACUCCCUGGAGAUGCGCCACGCUGCCAAGCACCAGUCUAGGCCAGUCAAGGAUGACCGCAAUGUGUUGCAGCUCAUUUCUGCGGGGACACAGGUGGCGAAGAUCCUUAGGGAUUCGAGCGCCAUGCAGUUUCUCGAUUGUCUUUAUGCUGACACCGAGAAACUGAUUCUGGAGCGACGUGGCCGUCGUGUUAGAUUCGCACACCCUUGA